AUGAUCUCUAGCAUCAGCGGAUUCCUUAGCCUCAACAACCUCGACAUGGCGAGCGGUGCGAACGACGUCAUCGUCGUGCGUCACUCCGAUGGCAGGCUCUUCAGCACGCCAUUUAACGUGCGGUUUGGCAAGGUGAAGGUCCUGCGCCCGAGCGACAAGGUGGUGCAGGUGGAGGUGAACGACAGGCCGACCUCGGCCGUGAUGAAGACGGGUCCGGACGGCGAGGCCUUUUGGCUUCAGCCGACGCGUGCGUCCGAGGGAGGCGUCGGAAGGCCCGAGUCGCCGCUUGCCUCCGCCGCGGCGUUUCCAGGUGGCAGCGGCAGCCAGCAGCGUGGCAGCCGCAACAGCAGUGCGGCCGGAAGCUUGGAGGCUCUGCCGCCGACGGAGCCCCUCCCGGCGGCGGCGGCGUCGUCGUCGUCGUCAUCCACUGAGGCGAAGUCAGACAGCACUGCUGCGACGGGGCCUCUUCUGGAGGAGGACAAUGAGGGGCAUCUCAAGGUGAAUGCGGUGGCGCGGAAGUCGGUGGAUGACCUCAAAGAGGUGCAGCUCGCCGAGGAGACGGUUGUCGCGGCGAAGAUGGCAAUGCAGCGGAUUGCGCAAAUGACCAUAGAGUAUGACGAGUACCUGCGUGAAGCGGCGCUGCAGGAGGAGAGGGAGGGGAUACUCUCACGUGAAAUGGGCAAGCUGGAGAGCCGCUCUGAAGCCUCCGAGAAGGCGUCACUAGUCGACGCGGUUGACCGCCCGAGCGCGGCCGCUGGCGAAGACGACGAGAAACCAGUCAUCGUCCCCGUUGAGGCUCAGCAUGAAGCGGCGGAGGGUGCAGGAGAAACACCGCCGCUGCGGGCGGCGGACGGAGGGGGGGAGGUGCGCCCGGAAUCUUUCGCGACGCCGAAUCACAGUGGCGUCGCAGAUCCUGCGACAAGCCUCGCUGCAAGUGACGAGGGGUUUGACACCUUGGACGACGACUACCUUUUCGAGGACGCUGUCCACCCCGAUGAGUACGUGGUGAACUUCGACAGCCACCACGCAGGCGAGGGCCCGUCGACGGCCCCUGCGGGUCAUGAGGCGGGGAGUAGCGGCCCCUCCGCGAUGCCGGUAGUCGGGUCCUCACCAGCCGACCCCCACAGUGCCCACCCUGCCGAUGAGGCAAGCGAAGAGGAAAACGAAGUGGUCUACUUCACUCGAACGCUUAUCCCCACCGAGGCGGACUUGCGCAAGCUAAACUUAGUAGACGGGCACAACAAGGUGCGGUACAUUACACACAGUGCACUGCGCGGUGAGGUGGCGGUGGAGGCCAAUGUUUACCUGUGGGACAGCACCGAUCGCCUUGUUGUGAGUGACGUGGACGGCACGAUCACGAAAAGUGACUUAUGGGGUCAUCUCAUGCCACUCUUUGGCCGAGACUGGACGCAUCCGGGCAUCUGCUCUCUCUACAGCAAGAUUGACCGCAAUGGGUACAAGUUUGUCUACCUCACCGCCAGAAGCGUGUCGCAGGUGGGCAUGACGCGUAAUUUCCUGUGGAAAAUUGAACAGGAUGGUUGUCGUCUGCCAAAGGGCCCUGUGCUGACGGCCCCGCAGCGCUUUUUCACUGCGCUGACGCAGGAGGUCUCAAAGAAGUCGCACGUAUUCAAAAUUGCAUGCCUCAGAAGCGUCUUGGACACAUUCCCUCCGCACAGUAAGCCGUUCUACGCCGGCUUCGGCAACCGCUUCAGCGACGUGGUGAGCUACACCGCCACCCAAAUCCCACAGCACAAGAUCUUUAUCAUUGACCCCAACAGCGUGCUGCAUGUAUAUAACGUAAAGCAAACCUACAAGAACCUCGCUCACCUUGUUGACGUGACCUUUCCGCCUGUUGUGAAGCGAGCUCAACAGCAUCACCAUCAUCCCUUGAGGCAGCGGGAGACAUGUGGGCAUCCGUCGGCGCCCCGCGGCUCCGCCGACGCUGAACUGAGCACCAAUGGCUCGGUUGCCGCCGUAACGGGGACGGCGGGGGGCGGCUCGCACGUUCCCUUUUCCUCCGAUGGGGGCGAGUCGCCGUCGUCGUCCUGCGGUGAUGGCCGACGUGUAACCUCCGCUCCCUCGGUUGACGCGGGAGUUCCCGCGGAAGGCAACACCCGGCGGCCUCAUGCAACGGUCGCCACCGCGCCGCUCGAGGGCCAUGUGGAGGUGGCUAUUGAUCAGGAGUUUCACUCAUUUCUGUACUGGCGUGUUCCGCCGGCUGAUCUCGUGACUGCAAAAAAGGAGGCAAAGGAAGACGAUAACGCUUCUAACGAGGCGAAACCGCAGAAGCCACAAACAGCCCGCAGAUGGUUGACCUUCAGCCUUGGCACAAGCAGCCAGAAUAAUACCAGUGUUGGGUCUAGCCAAAAGGGUGAAGAUGAAGUUAAGGCCCAACCUGUUUUUGGAGCGACUGAGCCAGCAGCAGCAGCUGCGCUUGACGCUGGUGUUCCAAAGACUGAUGGGACUGCGCAGGCGCUGGCACGAUUGGCCGAAGCCGGUUCCGCACUGGAAGGGUUUGGGAAGGAAAUUGCUUAA